AUGGCGAACGUUAAUUUGCAGAUGCCGCUCAUUGCAGCAGCCACCACCAUACUGACAAUUGUCAGUGGGGCCACCUCCUCCUCCAUCGCCAUUGCCACCGCCAGCACCGCAUCCUCGACAGAAACGGCCAAGAACCAGCCAUCGUAUCAGCAUAUGGGGUCAUUGUUCGAGAAUCGAUGGCUGCCAAUGGAUCAGCCGAUGCAGCAUCAUCCCAAUCAUCGCUAUGGCACGCUCAAAAUUCCAAGAGGAAGUGCGGGUGAGAGGAGGGCCUUUAGCAGCAGUCAUUCCUCAGGCUCCCGUCAAGGAUUGGCCAGCAUGCUCAAUGGGCUAACAAAUCUCUCGGGACUGGGACACGUUACCCAUGGGUACCACGGCUCGGUGGCACCCACGCACACGGAGGCACUGGCCCUGGGCUCCACCAAACAGGAGAUACCGAUUUACGAGGAGCAGCAUGAAGAUGCCGCUGCGGUCGCUGCCGUUGCCGCAGCAGCUGGUGCCCAUGACUUUGGCUCGGGCAAUGGACAAUCUGGCGGUGGAUUGGAGAGCAAUCAGGAACAUUCGCCGAUUUACAAUUAUCCCGGUGCCGCACAUAAUGGUGGAUUUUUGCCAGCCUAUGGCUCAGCUGGCUCUGGUCCCGAGCAGGACUACGCACAGUGGUCAUCAUCAGCGGCGCCGGAGGAACAGCAGCCGGAACAGCAGGCAACUCAUCCCUAUGCGUACGAUAAAAUUUCAAUGGGCAACUUCCUGCCGCCGUACACGCCGGACUCUGGAUACGAUGAGCAGCAGGGGCAGCUCUAUCAUCACCAGCAGUUGCAACAGCAGCAGCAACAACAGCAUCUGCAGCAGCUGCAGCAGCAACAGCAGCAACUGUACCAUCACCAACAGCAACAGCAGCAGGAACAGCACUCCUCGUACUUUGGGCAUCAUGAAUCUGGAUCCGGUUCGACAUCGGCUGCAUCUGCCUCGAGCGGAUCUGGUGCCGAUGACUUUGAGGAACAUCCCGAUGCUGGGCAGGAGCAGAGCUCCAACUACUUGUCGGAGGCAAGUGGUCAUGGCCAGGGACAUGGACAUGGACACGAACACACCCAUCACUCGCACCACGUGGAUAUCAUCAACUAUGUGCCGGUGAAGCAUGUGAAGAAGCAGCACGUGCCGGUGGAGAAGGAGGUGAAGAUACCCAUAUCGCAUGCGGUCAUCAUACCGGUUCGCAAGCCAGUGCCCAUCCACAUACCGAUCACCAAGAACGUUCAGGUGCCGGUGGAGAAGGAGCUAAAGGUGCCCGUGGAGCGUCUGAUCCCUGUGCCCGUGGAGAAGCACAUCCCAGUGCCGGUGGAGAAGCAUGUGCCCUAUCAUGUGGUCAAAUAUGUGCCCAUCAAGGUGCCCAAGCCGUUUCCCGUCAAGGUGCCCGUCUUCAAGACCGUGCUGCACAAGGUCAAGAGCUGGUGGUAG